AUGGCUUACUAUGCCAAAAAUGUACUGCGCGUUGGCUCCGGUGCGGGGCUUCCAAACCCAUUAUUUUUUGCUGCUCAGGGUGUUCGGUAUCGAAAAGUGGAAGUUAUCCUCACCUCAAACAUACACAAGCUGGGUAAACCAGGAGAUACGGUGAAGGUCAGAGCGGGAUUUUUCCGGAACCAUUUGAUGCCUAAGUUACUCGCAGUUCCAAAUAUUGACAAAUUUGCAGACCUUGUUAGGGAGCAGCGGAAGCUUUAUGAACCUAAGGAAGUUGAAGAGAUUCAGGUGGUUGUCCCCAAAACUCGGGAAGACAGGAUGAGAGAAUAUCAGAUGGCAGCACGACGCCUUGAUAGUGCUUUGCUGGUUCUGCGUAAGUUCACUUUGGCGGAAGAUGAAGUGCGUGAACCUGUGACAAAGGAUGAAAUAGUAGCUGAGGUUGCAAGACAGCUUUCAGUGCGCAUAGAACCUGAAAAUUUGUAUCUUCCAACUCCAUUAUCAACUUUUGGAGAGUUUGAGGUUCCACUUCGUCUACCAAGAUCCAUUCCUUUGCCAGACGGGAAGUUGCAAUGGGGUCUAAAGAUCAAAAUUCGCAGAAAAUGA